AAAUAAAUAACAGCUCAGUGGACGUGAAGGAUUCAGAGGAGUUUGGGUACGGGCCCUUGGACGCAUAAAUCCGAGAGCUUUUUCUCUCCAGCUUCGCAUAUAAAGCCAGGCGACGCCCCUGGAACUCAGAAGCCGCUUCUGCCUCGCACCAUGAACUCGCUGGCCAUCCUGCUGGUCCUCGUGGCCGCCGUCGCUGCUGACAAGAUCCCGGACUUCGUGAUCCCCGGACAGUGUCCUGCCGUUGACGAGAGCAAGUUGUGGGCCCAACAGGUCCCAAACUUCGCCAACUAUUCUGGAGAGUGGUAUGAGUUCUCCCUUAUUAAAAACCCAUUUCAGGUGAUCAACAAAUGUGUCCUCAACGAAUAUUCUUUUGAUGGUCAACAGUUUCACGUGUCCUCAACUGGCUUCACUCCUAAAGGCAAGUUGUUGAAGCUCACCGGGAAAUUGUACGCCAACCCCUUCAAUGAAUCUCAUCUCGUCGUUGACUUCAACAACACCUUGGCCGCCCCGUACGUCAUCCUGGACACGGACUACACCAACUUCUCCUGCAUCUACUCCUGCGUCGGCUUCAACAAUCUUUAUUAUACCGACACUGCUUUCGUCUACACCCGCUCCCCCAGCCUGGAUGACAAGUUCGUGCAGCGGUGUGAAGCUGCCUUCAAGAGCAUCAAUGUUGACACUUCCCGCUUCAUAAAGACCGUCCAAGGAUCAUCUUGCAAUUAUGGUGCCCAGAGAUCACUCUGAGAAUCCAUCCAUAACAAUUUAGUAUUAUGAUAACGUUAUGGAGGUACUCAGAAAAUUAAUAUUUGCUUCAGAGUCCUUUGAACUUUGCACUAUGUAACUUUCUUUCAUGUCAGUGACUUGUUGCAUAGGCCUAUAUGUCUUAAGAUGGCUUGUGUAGUUAGUGGUAACGAAUAUUACCAUUAAAUUAUGCUAGUUAUGCAGUUUUAAGGGGGCAUAUCGUUUUAAAUCGUUAUAAAUUAAAAGUUGUUCAAUUUGCUUA